GGAACUGAGGCCAGUUUGCUUAUUUCUUCGCUGUGUUGCCCAGCUGACCUGGAGGGCUCUCCCUGUGAGCAGAUUCGGGGUCUCUACGCUCAGCUAGUGCCUGGCGUCUCUGCUGUGCAUCAGUCAGCUGCCUCCUUUGUGAUGAACUGGACUCUUUUACCAUUGCCGGUUAUUGCUUGGGGGUUUCUGAUAAACGUCUGCAUAGAUGUGUGGGCUUAAAUGACCAGUCCAGAUUUCUGGCUGGUGGGGUGGAAUGUUUAACUGGGCUUUGCAGGGUAAAUACCAUGUUUGCCUUAGAAUCUACAUCUGGGGCACAACACCAACUGUUCAGCUUUGGCAGUCCCCAUCCAGGAAUUACUCGCUGAAUCAUUUUUUUAUUUGGGAGCUCGGCACAAGAGCAGUAAACGUGAUACAGCUUCCGGAGUUUCUAGGUAGCUAAAACCCUGCUCUUGGUUGAGUAUGGGAGAAAUAACUCCCUGUGUUUUGCCUAUUUCAGUGUCAUGUAGAUAAGAUCACUCUGGUGCUUACAAGGUGGUUGAAAAUACUGGCACUCUUUGGACCACUUGUUGCUGCUAACAUGAACUGCUGAACGUGGCGAUGAGGGAGGAACUGUGGAUGCGGGGGUGCUGUGAUACCGGACCUUUGUCUUUAGGGAGAAGGCCCUUCAUUCCAAGUUGGGAGUGAUUUGAUCUUGUGUGUGGUCAUUUCUUCUCAGUAGGGUGUGGUGGAAGGCACCAGGGUUAACAGGUUUGGAGAGGGUGGCAGUGUAAGGAGAGGAGGGAACUUGUGUCCCUGUCCUGGGAUCCUAGGUGUAUGUUGGGAGAGUCCCCUCCUUGGCUAGGCCUCUCGGGGUCUUGGACUACUUAGUAAUGGACAAGGCCCACUUUUAUUUCUAAGAUUAGUGAUGAUGGGUUUGUCCCCUUGGUUGCCCAGCGUUCUGCUGGGCAUUGUCCUGCCCUCGUGGCUGCUCUUGGCCUCCGUGUUCUUGAGAGCCUAGUGCUAGACCUUCAGGUGGUCAGGCUGGAUGGGUACAAAGUGAUGUAGUCAUUAGCUCUUGAAACUUGAGAGGUUAGUGUUUUGCUGUUGUGGCUAGGUCAGAGCAACUGCUGUCCUAAAUCAAGACUGGUCAUGCAGUAUCCUGGGAAGCCAAUUGGAAAAAGCUGGUUUUGAGGACUCCUCGGUGUUUUCACUGGGUCGUGUCUGAAGAGAAAUCCCUUAUGUUCAUCAGGCCCAAGAAAUACAUUGUCUCGCCGGGCUCCGAGCCUCCAGAGUUGGGCUAUGUUGACAUCCGGACGCUGGCUGACAGUGUGUGUCGUUACGACCUCAACGACAUGGAUGCUGCGUGGCUGGAGCUGACGAAUGAGGAAUUUAAGGAGAUGGGAAUGCCUGAAUUAGAUGAAUACACCAUGGAAAGGGUCCUGGAGGAAUUUGAGCAGCGGUGCUAUGACAAUAUGAAUCAUGCUAUAGAGACUGAGGAAGGCCUGGGGAUCGAAUAUGAUGAAGAUGUUGUCUGUGAUGUGUGCCAGUCACCUGACGGUGAGGACGGCAAUGAGAUGGUGUUCUGUGACAAAUGCAACAUCUGUGUGCACCAGGCCUGUUACGGAAUCCUCAAGGUCCCGGAGGGCAGUUGGCUGUGCCGGACAUGUGCCCUGGGGGUUCAGCCAAAGUGUUUGCUGUGUCCCAAGAAAGGCGGAGCGAUGAAGCCUACCCGCAGUGGCACCAAGUGGGUCCAUGUCAGCUGUGCUCUGUGGAUCCCUGAGGUGAGCAUUGGCAGCCCUGAGAAGAUGGAACCCAUCACGAAGGUGUCUCACAUCCCCAGCAGUCGGUGGGCGCUGGUGUGUAGCCUCUGCAACGAGAAGUUUGGGGCCUCCAUACAGUGCUCUGUGAAGAACUGCCGCACCGCCUUCCACGUGACCUGUGCUUUUGACCGGGGCCUGGAGAUGAAGACCAUCUUGGCGGAGAAUGACGAAGUCAAGUUCAAGUCCUACUGCCCGAAGCAUAGCUCACAUAGAAAACCCGAGGAGAGCCUUGGGGAGGGGGCCGCUCAGGAGAACGGGGCUUCUGAGUGUUCCCCUCGGAAUCCGCUGGAGCCUUUUGCCAGCCUGGAGCAGAAUCAGGAGGAGGCCCACCGGGUUAGUGUCCGUAAGCAGAAGCUGCAACAGCUGGAAGAUGAGUUCUACACCUUCGUCAACCUGCUGGAUGUGGCCAGGGCCCUGCGGCUGCCCGAGGAAGUGGUGGAUUUCCUGUACCAGUACUGGAAGUUGAAGAGGAAGGUCAACUUCAACAAGCCCUUGAUCACUCCAAAGAAAGACGAAGAGGACAAUCUAGCGAAGCGGGAGCAGGAUGUCUUGUUUAGGAGGCUGCAGCUGUUCACUCAUCUGCGGCAGGACCUGGAGAGGGUUCGGAACCUCACUUACAUGGUGACCCGCAGGGAAAAGAUUAAGCGAUCUGUGUGCAAAGUCCAGGAACAGAUAUUCAAUCUUUACACUAAGCUCUUGGAGCAAGAAAGAGUUUCAGGUGUGCCUUCUUCUUCCUGGUCCUCCUCCUCCUUGGAAAACAUGCUUUUGUUUAACAGUCCUUCUGUGGGCCCUGACGCCCCCAAGAUCGAGGACUUGAAGUGGCAUUCCGCGUUCUUCAGGAAGCAGAUGGGCACUUCCUUGGUCCAUUCGCUGAAAAAGCCCCAUAAGCGAGAUCCAUUGCAGCACAGCACUGGGAGCGGAGGCAAAGCCCUGCCGAAGCAGCCAGACCUGUGUGGUAGAAGGGAGGGGACGGUGGUCCCAGAGGGCUUCUUGAGUUUUGAAAAGACCUUUGCGGAGGCCCGUCUCGUGUCAGCACAACAGAAGAAUGGCGUGGUGAUGCCAGAUUCCGGGGACAGAAGAGACCAUCGUCUUCAUUGUGAUCUCAGCAGGGGAGACUUCAAGGACAGACCUUGUAAACAGAGUCACAAGCCUCUGAGGCCCACGGACCCGUCCCAGCGGCACCUGGACAGCCCGAGAGCCGCCGCCGCCUCCCCUGGCAUGGGGCAGUCGGCGCCCGGCUCCAGGAAGGAGAUCGUGCCCAAGUGCAACGGCUCCCUCAUCCGAGUGAACUAUAACCAGACUGCAGUCAAAGUGCCUACGACACCUGCCAGCCCAGUGAAGAACUGGGGAGGGUUCCGGAUUCCAAAGAAGGGGGAACGGCAGCAGCAGGGAGAGGCCCACGACGGGGCCUGCCACCAGCACUCAGACUACCCCUAUUUGGGCUUAGGCCGAGUUCCAGCCAAGGAAAGGGCAAAAAACAAGUUGAAAUCUGACCAUGAGAAUGACGGGUACGUCCCCGAUGUCGAGAUGAGUGACUCAGAGAGCGAGGCAUCGGAAAAGAAGUGUAUACACGCCAGCAGCACUAUCAGCAGGAGGACAGACAUCAUCAGGAGAAGCAUUUUGGCCUCUUGAUGAAACUGAGGCGGUGUGGGAGCGCUGCGGGCGCGCUGCGGGCUUGCCGUGGAGUUGCUAGACGAGAGCUCUGACGUGGGGGACGAGCGGAGACCCAUCCAUCACUCCUGAGCUACACACACACAUUUACUUGCAAGUCAGAUUGAAUUUUUUUUCCAGAGUCAUUUAUAAUUCAUUGUUGUGAGAAGUGUGUUAUCUGCAACUUGUUGAGGAAACACAAGAGUAGAUUGUAACCGUCAGACACUAAGACUAGAGGCUGAAUUAAACACUAAAAUAAGAAUGAAUGAAAUAAGUCUUUGCAGAGGGCAAGGCUUGCGGAAGCCUCACGAGUUUGCAUUGCCCUCUGUAUUCUUCCCAAAGCACAAACUCUUGGUUACCUGAAUACGCGGAAUCAGAUGCAGUUCUUGAGAAACCCUCACGUACCAUUUAACAGCCCAUAAAACUUACUUUGUAGGACUGGUAGAUGUUGAAGUCAUAUUUAUACUUUGGCCCCCGAGGCUGUUUUUGUUGCAUUGUAGUUACAGGCAGCAGCUCCGAAGCUUCAGUAACUCUAGGGAAUUCAUGUAUGAAUGAGAUCAGCAGAUGGGGAAGAGAGAAUUUUCAAAAAGGUCAGUACUGGAAGAUCUGAAGGGCCAGGGCAGAGCUGCUGCAGCUUGCAGAUGUAGGGUACGUGGAGCAGGUCCUGCUGCCUGAAGCACCCGAGUGUGUUGUGGGUAUGGGACUGGUGGAGGAGAGUGAAGCCAUUAGAAAGUUCUGUCUGUGAGAAAGGGCAGUUGGUCCCAUUCUUACCAGUCCUCUUGACCUUCCUCUUCCCUAACCACUGCCUUUUGGGCCAGCUUGGGAGUUCCCUGGCCUUGGGCAAUACCUGGCCAUCUGGCUUCCAACGAUACUAAUGGCUAGUCAAGUUCAAGUGAUGAACUUCCAGACUCUGGUGACCUAUGUCCCAGAGCCAACCACUAGUGCGUAUGUUGGGGAAUCUGGGCUUCCAACAUGAACGGAUUCCUUAAGAAAAAGGAAAAAAAAAUGAAAAAGAAAAAAAGAAAAAAAGAAAAAAAAAAAGCAAAAUAGGUUAUAUUUUAAAAACAGUAGAAAGGCAAUAAGUUGCGAUAACCUCUUACCAUUGACCAAGGUGAUACGGGAAAGAGACUGAAGUGUAACAGGUUUCCUGGAGUCAGAGUUCUAAGCUCCAAUUCGUAACUUGGACUUUCUAAUUGCAAAUGGCAAUAACUAGUAAGUUAUCAGCAAUAAUGAAUUUAGCAUUAAAUUUGAGUACAAUGUUCUGUUUUUGCACUCACUGCAGUGCUUAUGUAUUAAGACAGUGGAUAGUGUUAAGGUCCUGUUAAUUUUCUUUGGAAUUCAAUGUAGUUGUGAAUCAAACUUAAGAGAAGGAAAGUUUAAAUAGCAACGAGAUUUAGAAUUAUGGGCACUUGGAACAAGCCCAAUUUCCCCUAAAUUAUCCUUAGUUUGUUAUUAUCAGUAUUCAGAUUUCCCGAUUCAUUUAUACAUCUGUUUCCAUGUGGCAGGGACAUUCUGAUACUUAACGAGUGAUGAUUUGAGUUCUGUAGUUCCCUUUCAAGUCUUCCAGGUGAUUGUCAACAGCAAAAAAGGCUUAUUGAAUUCCAUCUUGCUAUGCAAGUUUUAUCGGAUGAUCAAAUAGUAGAUCUGAUGCAUCCCCAUUGUAUGUAUGACAUUUUCAGACCAAGUCUUAACUUUUCGAAUACAUUUUAGUAGCUAAUUCAGGGGAGGGGAAAGAAUGACCCAGGUUUUUAGAUUGACUAUUUUUGAGCUAUGGGGCUCAUCUUGAGAGACUGCUGUCCAGAUAAGCUGUUGCUACAGAUCUUAGGAGCUUCUUAAAGAAUCCAAGUUGUACAUUGACUCAUAGCAUAGUUUAAAAACCAGAGUUUUUGCCUAUGAGCGAAAACAUUUUUGCUGGAUACAGAAGAAAGGUGGACACUUUUUACAGUUCCCUUUUGACCAUAGCAACAGCUCUGGGUGAGAGUAGAAUAUAUAGAGGGGUAAUCUGUCAAGCCAUAGAAAGAAAAUCUAAAUUUUAGUAAGUAUAUGACCUCUCACCAUUUUAAGAGGUAACAGAUUCAUUUGCACUAUUUAGGAAUGCUAGUUUUGUGCAAAAAUAAUGCCUUACCUGUUUUUUCCCCACAUUUAGGUUGAAAAGCUUUCAAACGUUCCAAGUUAUGCUGAACCAAAAAAACUAAACAAAAAACAAAACAAAAAAAAUAAAGAAAAACCCACACAAAAAUAAAAAGCCCACACUUUUUAUUCCUGCUUUGAAAUGCAAAUGGUAUAGAGCACGGUUUCUCUGACAGUGUAAUGAUAGCUUUGUAAGUUAGUUCACGUCCUGCUGGGAACUCUGUAUGAGGCGGCCAUACGCAGCACCCACCCACCCCACCCACUUGCACUCUCUUAGUACGAGCCAUUCGCUCUGCUUUUCUUUUCUUUUCUUUGAAGCUUUAUCUUUCCUUGUGCAUCCUGACCAAGAAAUAUCUUUGAUUAUGAUCAAUGUAUUAUGUCAAAAUGUAGGCUAGUUAAACUUUUGUAAAGUUGCCUGGAAUGUCAUUUGUUAGGUUAUAAACAAAAUCGAAAUGAAGGGUUCUAUGUGUUGUGUACAAAUCUUAAUUAUUUUGAAAUGGACAAACUUGUCAUUACAUUUGUAACCUUGUACAGAGGAUUUUUCACUAUGUGCCUAGCUUGGUGUCCAUUCAGCUAAAAUUGGAAAAAAAAGGUGCAUGAAGAGUUAAAAAUCAGAAAUUAAACAAAGUAUAUGUAGAGAUGACUAUUUUAUAUUACAUGGCCCAAUCCUGUAUUUAUUUCUACCCUCUUUUUGAAAGUAUUUAUAAAACUAGUUGAGGACAGCUGUAUUUUUUUGUUGAACUAUUUAGUAGAAUUUGUGCCUUUUUGUCUGUAUGUGAAUAAAUGCUGUACAUUUUGCAAUACA